AAAUAAGCAUUUUCAGAUGCCAAGUUGGAAUUCUCGCAGCUUCGGCGUUGUCAGGGGCAACAGCCUUUCACCAAUCGCUUCUGUUCUUUCGUGUCACGUGACACGUUCAAACCCGCCUACAACAUGGCGACGGAUGGUGUUCUUCGUUUUCCAAAACGUUUGGUGACUAAAAACGCAUUUUUGGACAAAGCUCGGAUUUAAAAGGGUUAUAAGGUUAAUGGCGUUCGCCCAAAGUGGCCGCAGUGCUGAAAGGAGUGUUCGUGACGAGCAGGGAGAAGAAAGUGUGGAUGAAGACAUCGAGUCGAGUUUCAGCGCCUCCGACUCCGAUGAAUUAGAACCAGAAUGGUUGGAUGACAUCCAGAAGAAUGGUGAGCUCUUCUACCUGGAGCUGAGUGAGGGUGAAGAGGAGGCUGCAUUGGGGAAGGCCGCUGCCAAUCAAGGCACGUCCACUAAUCACGUUCGCUUUAGUGAAAAGGAGGCCGUGAUCAUCACAGAGCAGAAGUCGAAGCAGCAAUGUCGUUCACGGGCAAGAGGAGGUACUGCUCUUAAGAAGCUGGCGAGGAUCCUAAGGAGAAAGCGUUGGCCGUCCCAGCGCAGGCGAGGCAUCUCUUCCUCAUCAUCAUCGCCACCGACAUCCAUCCUGAAGAACCAGCCAGGUCAAAGGCAAGGGGUGACGGUCCAGCAGCAGCAGCUGAAGGAAGUGUGCGUCUACCUCAAUCCUAAACGUCUCGGAAGUUCAUCAGCGCCUAACUCAAAAGGCGGAGGCUUGUUGGAGGCUCUGCUGGGGGUAGUUUAUCGCCCGCCUUGGUGCACAGGACAGGAACAGCCUUCAACAUCCCUGCGGGAGGAGAAACUGAUCGUUCACGGGUUGAUUCCCAACAGCCCAGCCAUCAAAUCUGGCCAGAUCCUGAUUGGUGAUGUGCUCAUAGCGGUAGACGAUGUGGACGUGACCUCUGAGAACAUUGAAAGGGUUCUGUCUUGUAUUCCAGGACCAACGCAGGUAAGGCUGACCUUUGAGACGCCGUCAUCAAUGGAUGGCAGCAGUGCUGGAGAGAGUUUGGCGUUCGGCGGUGGGAACGCCAGCCCACCGGUCAGUCAGCUGGUGCGUCUGCUGUGGGGUGAGGACACGGCCGAACUCCAGAUGUCCAUAGGUCACAUUCCUCAUGUUGUCAUGUACCUGUCACUCAAACUGGACUCAGCAUCACCACAAGAGGAGGAGGAGAUCUUGUACCAGUACCCAGUGUCCCAAGCAUCCAGCCAGCUGAAAGGUGUGAGGGGGAUCUUCCUGACUUUGUGCGACAUGCUGGAGAAUGUUACAGGGGGUCAGAUCAUCAGUUCAUCUCUCCUGCUGGGGAAACAUCUGGUUCAUGUGGGCUACUGGAAGGAAAAAGGGAACCUGUUGGUCAUCGGGCUGCCUGCACAUAGGGUUCCUUUGCUCUUUCUGCAGACGGUUGUGGGAAACGUGGUCCGGACACUAAAAGUGAUGUACGGCUCUUUGGACAGUGCGUUUUGUAAGGUGGACCACACUCCCAGGUUGGACCAUUUCUUCUGCCUGUUCUUCCAGCAGCUAAUCCAGCCAUCCCGUUUGAGGGUUGGCGUCUCAGCCCCGCCCUCAGAGGUCUCAGGAACUCUUUUUCUCGACGGCCUGCCGGCGGUCCGAUGGCUUACGCUACCUCCUGAAAUCAAGAUGGAGGUGGACACGGUUCUCUCUGAUUUUGAGUCCUCUGAUUUUGGAGAAAUGUCAGAGGACUUUUUCGGCCUGAGGCGUCUGUAUGUGAUUCUUGGCUCCUGCCUCUUCUACAAGUCCUACCUGAUUGCCAACCAUCUGCCUAAAGACCACCUCCUGGAUAUCUGCCUGUACGUGCAGCACUACUGCCUGUUGCCCUUGGCAACAGAGCAGCGGGUGGGUCAGCUGGUCAUCUGGAGAGAGGUGUUUCCACAGCAACGUGCUCACAGCAGCAGCUCGAAGCCAGGCUACAGCCCGCACGCUGCACGCCACUUCCUCCUCAUCGUGGGGCUGAGGCAUUUCAUGCAGUGUGUGCUGUUGGAAGCCGGCGGCUGCGCCUCUCCUGCUAUGGGCUCUCCAGGACCUGACUGCGUCUACGUGGAUCAGGUGAAGGCCACCCUUCUGCAGCUGGAGGUCUUGGAGGCAGGUAUUGAGGAACGCCUCAGUGCUCCACCUGCUCCCUGCCUGUCCUGUGCAGACUGGUUCCUCCCCGCUGCCCGAGACCGCUUGGACAGCCUCGCUUAUGCCUCCCCCGUCCUCAGCAAACUAGCCGGUGCUGUGAAAGGCUCCUCCACGGCAUCCAGAGGUCGCAGCCUGUUCGGAGACAAGACCCGCAUGUCCAGCCCUCAGAGGAGCCUGUCAGACAGUGGCAGCGAGGGUCAGAGCCAGGAUCCAGGACCGGGACCUGCUGUGCCACCAGGCCUCAGUUUACACUCCAGCCCAGACUCAGCCAAGAAGCUUGCAGCGCAACGGGACUCUCUGGGAUCUGGAGGCUCUGAUGGCAGCUUCUUCAAGACCCCCAGGAUGAAGCACCCCAACCCGUUCUACCUGGGCACCCUGAAGAAGACUCUGACUGAGAGGGAGACGGAGGACAUGUACAACACUCUGAAGCUGAGCUCGGGCACUGAGAACACACUGUUCCACUACGUGCUGAUGGAAAGCAUGCAGGGAAUCUUCAUUGCUCCGACUCACAGAGAGGUGGCACAGCUCAGCGGCUCCAUUCACCCGCAGCUCAUCCGCAACUUCCACCACUGCUGCCUGUCCAUACGCGCCGCCUUCCAGCAGAGCCUGCCAUCCCGGGCCCGGCGAGCUGCAGACAGAACACAGGGCGGGUGGGGUUUGGGUCCAGUUAAAGAACAUGGCGUUUUGUUCCAGUGUAAACCUGAGAACUGGACCGACCAGAAGAAACCUGCUCCCACAAUGACCUAUUGGGUCAUCGGCCGAAUGCUGCUGGAACCGGUUCCUCAGGAGUUCUAUGUUUGUUUCCAUGACUCAGUGGCCGAGGUUCCCGUUGAGAUGGCUUUCAGGCUUUCCUUCAGUUUGGCUCUGUGACUCAUCUUCCUCUUUAAGUGAGGUGGAUGCUCAAAAGUAUGAAAAGACUCAAACCCUCAGGGAAAAGAAAGACAAACAUCAGAGGAGACAUUUGAUGCCGUUGUCUGUUUUUAUGAGAAAGUUUGAAUUUACCGACGUGCCUCCUUUCUGCAGGUCGACAACAGCUCCGCUGCUCUUCUUUUGAAACAUGUUUUAUAAAGACCUCAGUAUGUCAGUGACCUCAGAUAUAUUAGUUUGAGUAAUAAAAAGAUGCAAUUUCACAUUAACAUAGGAAUGAACUCUGUUCAUUUAAAUUAAAUUGUACAGUUUUAUGUGGACACUUUGUGAUAAAGCUUCAUCUUUUUACAUUUGU